AUGGCCAAGAAGCAUAGUGGGACUGCCAAUGGAAAGGCCAAAGAGAACGGAUUAUCCAAUUCCAGGUCAAAAAUCGCAGCUAAGAGCACCGAAUCAAUCAGCAAUUUGACAAGGCCACAACUCUACUCUAUUUACGAUGAAGAUAUUACCAACAGUGAGGAGACUUUGUCAUUUGAAGAGAUCAAACGCUCGAGAGGUGAGAGUUUAGACGAUCGUGGGCUCUCCACUGAACCUCGUUUGACAUUUUCAGCGGGUUCUAUGCUGAGUAACAGUUCUGAACUUAAGGCCAGGAAAACCUGGUUGUCGAAAGCUGUGAAUUUUUUCUUUGCUACAUCACUACUAUCCAUAGCAGGCAUAUCCUACCAUGAAUUGUCAAGGCAAUUACACGAUAACCACCUUUUACAUCCAGAUUUCGCUUCAAGACCACUUUCUCUCGGUGUGGAGAUUUCCAACUUGUUGACUGGAGGAAGAGUCCCUGAUUGGGGAGCCUAUGCCCUUGAAGGUAUUCUAUUUGGGUUGUCUAUCCCACUAAUGGACCACAUUUUCAACAUCAAGACCCCUCGCAACUCUGUGGGCUCCAUUAUAAGAAGUGUCAAUGCAAUGCUUGGAGUCACUUUUGGUAUCAGACGUGUGGAAUGGUCUUCUUCUUUGCAAGCUGCAGGCGCUUGGGGUUUAUUGAACAUAAUUCUAUGGCUUCUCUUUGACAGCACAAGCUCUAUGUUCUUCGGCUGUUCAUUCAUGGGGUUACUUGCCUGUGCGUCCUGUUACAGAGAGGUCAGCGACAAAUCUCAGUUCCUAUAUUUCAUGGAUUUUUACUUCCUGGGCCUACUGCUUUUCGGUAAAUUAGGAAGAUAUCUAUUUUCCCAAUAA